AUGUCGCAAGGUGCCAACUGGCAAGAACUGGUGGCGGACAAGCAGCGUCGUCAGAAAGCGUCUAUUCCCCAAGAUUGGCUGGUCGCUGUGCCUCCUGCCGCGGUCCUUGAUGUCACCGCGUUUCCCGAACAAUGCGGUCUGCUUUCUGAGAGAGAACUGCAAAUCACGAACACCGUCGAUGUUGGGGUACUGUUGCAAAAGCUUGCCGCCGCGGAGUGGUCUUCCGUUGAGGUCACCACGGCAUUCUACAAAAGAGCCAUUGUUGCGCAACAACUGGUCAACUGCCUGACGGAAAUAUUCGUCGACAAAGCGUUGGCGCGUGCAGCUGAGCUUGAUAAGCAUCUCAAAUCUACGGGGAGCGUUGUUGGGCCGUUACAUGGAUUGCCUGUGUCGCUGAAAGACCAGAUCAAUCUCAAGGGUCUCGAGACCACAAUGGGCUACGCAUCCUGGAUUGGCAAGUACGCCGACAAAGACGCCGUCCUCGCAGAGAUCCUGUACGAAUGCGGUGCCGUCCCAUUUGUGAGGACAAAUGUUCCUCAAACUCUGAUGUGGCCGGAGACGUACAACCUGGUCUUUGGCAGAACUCUGAACCCUGCAAACCGGCUUCUGACCCCCGGAGGAUCGUCCGGUGGUGAGGGCGCGCUGAUCCACCUCAGAGGCAGCCCACUUGGUGUCGGGUCUGACAUCGGAGGAUCCAUUCGCAUUCCUGCCCUUUUCAACGGGCUGUAUGGCUUGCGGCCCUCGUACGGCCGUGUGCCUUACGCAGGAUCGUCCAACUCGAUGUACGGGCAAGACUCCAUCCCAUCCGUACUCGGACCCUUGUCGAACAGCUUGAGCGGCAUCAAGGCAUUCAUGCAGGCCGUCAUCGGCCGCGAACCGUGGCUCAGGGAUCCCCUCGCGGUUCGCAAGAAGUGGGACGACGAGGCAUAUGCGCUUGCAGGGCACGGCAGCGGUCAGGCUCUCUGCUUUGCGAUCCUGUGGGAUGACCGCAUUGUCAUUCCCCAUCCUCCCGUUAUUAGGGCUCUGGAGAUGACACGAGACGCAUUGACUGCGGCCGGCCAUAAAGUGAUCGACUGGAAACCCAUCAAACACUUGGAGCUGAAUGACGCCAUCUCGGCGGUAUGGAAGGCCGGGGCAUUGGAGGACUAUAGGGCUACUACAGCAGCUUCUGGAGAGCCGAUCAUCUCGUCAAUGAGCCCCACAAACGACGGAAUCGUCGAUGCCUCCGUGCGCCCUGAUGUCAUCGGCGUUUCCGCAUAUCAACUGUGGCAGGCCCAGAAUGCACGGGCGCAUCUGCGCAAGGAGUACCUCGAUCACUGGGAGCAGACAGUGGAAGUAACGGGAACCGGGCGUCCUGUCGAUGCUAUCAUUUCGCCAGGGGCGCCUUUUGCUGCGCCUCCACACGGCAAGAACGGAAACUCCAACUACACCAAGGUGUUGAACGCAUUGGAUUAUGUUGCCUGCACUUUCCCUGUCACGAAAGUGGAUCCGACGCUGGACGCGAAGAAGCCACCUCACCAGUUCCUGAACGACGCAGAUGAAGUCAACUACAAUCUCUAUGACCCUGUUACAUUCCAAAAUGCACCUGUUGGUCUCCAAGUCGUGGGUCGGACAUUGGAAGAGGAAGCCGUCAUCGCCAUGACCGAGAUAGUGGACUCGGCUCUCAAAGCAGCAGCCGGUGCGUAA